GUCUCCUAUUCUGUAUUCUGAUCUCUCCGUCCAUCUCAGACACUGCUUCAUCUGCUUUUCCUCUAUGGUUCACCCUAGUGAGUUCUUUGAAAUUAUUGCCUCCUCCAAUGAACUUUGUUCCUCGGAAUGCGGCACGGAAUGCCAUGGUGUACAUUCGUUAAGGACCACCGAAAAUGAAAGGGUAGGAUCUAAAGUAAACGCUCCUAUGAACGACAAACCCUUCUCUGAGAGAUAUGUUGGCGAAGUGGACCUACCAGAAGAUAUGGAACCGUUGCUGGGGGAGUCCAAGCGGCGCCUGGUGCUCUUCCCCAUACAAUAUCCUGAGAUUUGGCAGAUGUAUAAGAAAGCUGAGGCCUCCUUCUGGACAGCAGAAGAGAUUGACCUCUCCCACGACCCAAUGGACUGGAACCAUCGCCUGAACGACGACGAGCGACAUUUCGUCUCCCACGUACUCGCCUUCUUCGCAGCUUCAGACGGCAUAGUCAAUGAGAACCUUGUUGAACGCUUCUCCGCGGAAGUACAAGCUGCAGAAGCCCGAUGUUUCUAUGGGUUUCAAAUCAUGACUGAGAACAUCCACGCCGAAACUUACAGUCUCCUAAUCGAUACAUACAUCAAGGAUAUUAACCAACGAGAGUACUUGUUUGACGCUAUCGAAACCAUACCAUGUAUCAAGAAGAAGGCAGAUUGGGCCCUUCGUUGGAUCUCAGACAAGGACUCUUCAUUUGCCGAACGACUAGUCGCCUUCGCUGCCGUCGAGGGCAUAUUCUUCUCUGGAUGCUUUGCGGCCAUUUUCUGGUUGAGAAAGCGUGGUUUGAUGCCUGGAUUGACAUACUCGAAUGAACUUAUUAGUCGGGACGAAGGUCUCCAUACCGAUUUUGCUUGCUUGCUAUUCCAACAUCUCAGGAGGCAGCCACAUCCUAACAUCAUACUGAAAAUCAUCACUGAGGCUGUCAAUAUUGAACAAGAGUUUUUAUCAGAUGCAUUGCCUGUGGGCCUCAUAGGCAUGAAUUCUACCUUGAUGUGCGAAUAUAUCGAGUUUGUCGCAGAUCAUCUUCUGGUCUGCCUCGGGAAUCCAAAACAUUACAACUCAGCCAACCCGUUCGACUUCAUGGAGCUAAUCUCCAUGCAAGGCAAAACCAACUUCUUCGAGAAGCGUGUGUCUGAGUACUCCAAGGCGCACUUGAGCCGAUCGGCCUCUCCAAGAGUAGGAACACCAUUGGCGCCAACGCCUUUACGGGCCUUCAAUCUAAAUGAAGAAUUCUAGUCCCAGUUACUGCCGACUUGCUUCACUGUAUCAUUGCCCCACACGCAUACUCACUGUAUCAAUAUCACGGACUCACUUAGUGGGACCAUCGCCUCCUAUACUUCUGUACUGCUGAACUAUAAAACAGCACUCCUAUACUACAUGUAAUAUACAGAGAAAGCUUCACAUGGCCGUGAACUUUUACUUCUUUGAAAUAUGAACGACUAUAA